GGGGCAUGAGGAAGAGUCAUCUCGUGGAAGGACUCAGCAUGUUUUUCCUCUUAUAUUCUGCUUUAUUUGUCGUCUCUUGCACGCUUGCAGGCCCGGCCCAGCAUGCUGCGAGCUGUGCCACACGAUCUGAUUUAAAUUAGGCAACAGCGAUGGAUUAGGGCGGCUAACGGUGCUUGACAUGUAUUUUAAGCCAAUUUAACGUGUUACUUUGUUUAUUGGGCUCACAGGCUUGUGUAAGGUUGCACUUGGCGAUGCGUCACGAUGAUCCCUCACCUCGGAUGGUUUAACGCACAGCACGGUGGCUCAGUUUUUGCUCAUCUUGCAAAAGGACAUUUUUAUUUAUUUAUGUGCAACCUUUUUUUCCCACACAGAAUGUUUCAUAGGAUUUGACAACAUUGCAAAGUGCAUGUGGCAUUUGUUGGUGCACACACUCACUAGCAUUCAGCUUCCUCUGUCAGUGGUGCCCCAGAGCCAGUGCAAGAUCUGAACAGCUGCAGCCGGCUAUUUUAAGAAGCAUGCGUUUUACUAGGCCACCAGAGUAAAGGGUGACAAUUAUCAGUCACUUCCUAGGUUGUCAGAGAUGCAUGUUGGGAAGAUUCUGGUAUUAAUCUGUAAUCAGCACUUGCAACUUGCAGAUUGAAGAUAUUUUUUCCUGUUUAUGUGUUGCACAAGAGUGACACCAUUUUUUAUCUCACCCAGAUGGAGCAAGGAUUGAAUUUUUUUUAACAGAAACAGUCGGGAUCUGUGUGCAUCUCAAAACUUGGCAGGCUGCACCGUGUCAAAAAUCUGCUCCAAAACCUUGCCAUCAGAUAAUAUUUUAUUUGAUUAUCACCACAGGUUACCAUGGCAAUUGUCAAGAUCCCCCCUACAAGCUAUCGAAGCCUGCGAGGCCGUUUUGACUUUAUCCCCUCAUGCGGAGAUGGUUUCAUCGUGACUCAUGCAUGCUCACUUUCAGUUGCCCUUCCUUUUUGAGUGUGCAGCCACGGUUCAAAGGGCACGGGUUCCCUUUUUUUUUCACCUCUGAUGAGUCACUCGGUUGUAAAAAGAGGUUUCUAUCACAUUCAACACGCCGGCUGUUCUGUAGUUUGGCGGGAAAGGGUGCCUCUGUUUCAGGGUGUUGCCCAUGAAUGAAAAAACCACACAGACUUCAGAUCUGCUCACCCCAGGCUGGCGACCUCUGAGGGGGUCACGAAGGACUUCAGAAGAGAAGAGGAGAUCAUCUUGCUUGACCUUUCUGCAGCUCAGGCUGAAGUCAGUGUAGUUUUGCAGCUUUAUUUCACUGAUUAUUGGAUUCCAGUGGAGCAUCGAUAGCUUGUCUGGUUGAGAAUACCCACCUGGCUCGGCUUAUUCAUGCCCGUCAUGAGCGUACCAGCCCAGCAAAAAGCCAGCGCCAAAAGAACAGGCAAACGCAUCACUUUUUUCAACGAACAAAGCAUAGCAAUGAAAGAGGGUUCUCAGCACCCUGAGGGGUCCUACUACGUCCCCGGUGGCAACGCCUCAGACCCCGGACAGAGCGAGGCUGCAAGUACCGUGACCUCCAAUCCGGAGGCCCCUCACAUGUACCUCAACUCUGUCAUCUUCAGCCCGGAUAAAGGUGACCAGAGCAGAGGUCACUAUCAGCAGACUGUGCCUAUGAAAUGGGCUCACCAGGAGCCCAGUCAGCAGCAGCCAUCUCUGUCCCAGCAGCAGAGAGCUGCCACGUGGAAUACCAUGGCUAACUGGGGACAAAACUUUGCUAAUUACAUUGGUGGGGUAACAGACUCAAGGACUCAGAAUGCAUUUGUGAAGAUGCAUGAGGCUGCAGGCUUACAGCCACAUCAGCAGCCCCCUAACAGAGGUGCAGACAAGCAGCCAAUGGGGCCUGCUGUGGAAGCGUACAGGGAUGCUGUUAAGGCUCGGGGGCUGGAUUGGGACCAGCAGCAGCAGUCCCAGUCCUUCCAGGAGACCUUGAAACCUGGGGCGUUGAACACCCAGCAGCACAGCACUUCCCACCCAGGAGGGAGCUCCGUCUUGCAGCCGUUCCAGUUGGCCUUUGGUCAGCCAAAGCAGCACCUGCCAGCGUACUACCAGGCCUUUCAAGGCAACAGAACAACCCUACCCAACCCGCCCAACUACUCGACACAAGCGAAACCCCCACACCAGUUGCAGCAGCUGCAGAAGCAAGAGCAAAUACAACGGCAGCAGCAACAGCAACAGCAACAACAACAUCACAUAAUCCAGCAGCAAAUUCAGCAGCAGCAUCAUCAACAAAUGCAGCAGCAACAAAUCAUUCAGCAUCAACAGCACGUACAGCAACAGCUUCAGCAGCAGCAACAAAUACAGCACGAGCAGCAGCAACAAAAGAUACAGCAGCAGCAGCUCCAAAUUCAGCAGCAAAUGCAACAUCAGCAGUUGCAACAACAAAACCCUCAUGUGCUUGACUAUUACCCCGGCGCACAAAAUGCACACCCUCACCCGCAUCCACAGCCUGUGGUGGUACACUCCCAGGAGUCCUCUGCUCCAGCUCCCCCAAAGAUCCAGGAACCAAUUAUCCAAGACAUCACCCCAGAACCCCAGCAGCCUUCAGAUCCGCUGCCACCCACUCUCCAGGCCGAGCCCCUGUCCCAGUCACAACCCCAGUCGCAAUCCCAGACACAGCUCCGCAGAUCAAGACGGCUCUCGAAGGAAGGUGGGGCGCCAUCCGACAACCCGUUUCUCACCGUGUCUUCGGAGCAGGCUGCCCCGGGGCCGCAGGGCUCCCAGAACGGGGCCCGUGACAUCCAGGCAGCCCCGACAGGCGUCAUCCAGAGUACGCGGAGGAAACGCAGGGUGUCCCAGGAGGUCAACCUGGAGACUCUUGCUCAGAAGGCCUCGGAAAUGGAGUCUCUGCCAUCACAUGUUGUAAAGGAGCCCCACAGGCCGUGGAGUCCCACUGAUUCAGAGGGUCUAAACGCUAAGCGGCAUCGAGACGACAGCCUCCUUCCACUCGUCAUCCCCGUGUCUGUCCCUGUGCGAAGGCAGGAGCCCUCCUCUCCCGACAGAGAUGACGCCACCCUGGCUUCCAGCUGGCCCCCCAGGCCCUCAAACCCCCAGGACCUCGGCAGGGCCGACCACAAGCCCUCGGUCAUCGUCACCCGGAGACGCUCACUCAGGAACUCUUUGUCAGAGAGCUCAGAGCAAAAUGGAGGAACCGAAGGAGAGAAGGACGAUGACGGCAAAAAGUCUAAACGACGUCCCCGGCCCGAGCCUCUUUUCAUCCCGCCACCUAAACCCGGCUUAUUCAUCGCCCCUCCUGUCUACUCCAGCAUCACGCCCUACCAGAGCCACCUACGCUCCCCUGUUCGCCUCGCCGAAAACCCCCUCACCAUUCCCCCCUACACGCCUCCGCCAAUCCUCAGCCCCGUCCGCGAGGGAUCCGGCCUGUACUUCUCCACUUUCCUGUCCUCGGCUGCGGCCAGUGGCCAGGGCCUGCCGCCUCCUGCGACACCCAAGUCUGCAACACGCAGCCUGUUGCGCUCCAACAGCUGCGACAUCACACCUCCUGUUCUGUCUGCUAUGAGCGAGGCCACUCCAGUCAGCAUAGAGCCACGGAUAAAUAUUGGGUCGCGAUACCAGGCGGAGGUGCCAGAGCUGAGGCAGCGGUCAGCUGUCGAGCUGGAUCAUCAUCGAGCGGAGCUGGUCUGGGUUCCACUUAAUGAACUGGAGGAAAAGCCUGACUUUCAGCAGAAAGUGGAAGACCUCAUGCACCUGGCCUGCUCCAGUGUUUUGUGUGGAGGAGGAACCAACCAGGAGUUGGCCCACCAUUGUUUGUACGAGUGCAAAGGGGACAUAUUGGCUGCUCUGUCCCUGCUGAUGCUGAGGAAUCCAGUUUUCCCCAAAUCUCAUCAUCUGGCAAACUAUCACUACUCAGGAUCAGACAGCUGGACCACAGCUGAGAGACGCCAGUUCAACAAAGGCAUCGGUGCGUACAAGAAGGACUUCUUCAUGGUGCAGAAGCAGGUGACUACAAAGUCAGUGGCGCAGUGUGUGGAGUUUUACUACACCUACAAGAAACACGUCAAGAUCGGCCGCAACGGGACGCUGAUCUACGGCGAGACGGAGCCUCUGGAGAACAAGACUGUUGAGGAGGAGACGGACCACAAGGGCUCUCACAGGUUAGAGCCACAGAGGGAGGAGGACAGCAGGAAGUGGGAAGGGUCAGCUGACAGGAAACCGGAUGUCGGCCCCACCAGGGUGACACACACGUUGCAGUCCUCUGAGAAUCCCGGGACCGUCCUGAUCAUGAAAGGCCAGGAGGACGUGGCGAGGGACCAGCCGCUGUCUCGGGUCAUCCAACCCCCUCACCCACCCCCUCCCAGCUCCAAAUCCCGCUACGACGGCAAUGCACGCCGGACCAGCCCUUCAACGGGCAACAAAGGCACAGCUGGUCAGGAGGGAGAGUUCCCCUGCAAGAAAUGCGGCAGGAUUUUCUACAAGGUGAAGAGCCGCAGCGCCCACAUGAAGAGCCACGCCGAGCAGGAGAAGAAGGCCGCAGCUCUGCGACAGAAGGAGGCCGAGGAACGGGCAGCAGCAAAAGCAGCCGCUGAGGCCGCCGCUGUUCUUGCCGCACGGCAGCAGAACGGGACGCGGCAGGUAGGCGGGGACAGCACCAACGACGACUCGUCAGACGGUGAGGACGAGGACGAUGAGGACUGGCAGUAAAAGAAAGGCCGCACACACUGACUGCAGCGCGCAGCGUGGCUUCACUCUCUGGGACGGGAGAUUCAAAAAUUCAAAAAAAAAAAAAGAAAGAAAGAGGAAUCCCUCCUGUGAACUUUGUGUACAUUUUGUGGAACAAAACUUCUGUUGCUUGGCACAUUCAGGGACAGAUUUACUCCCGUGUAUGUGUUUGUGAAUGUGUGGACUGAGUGUGUGUGUGUGUGUCGAUGAUGAGUGCGUAUGUGCUUUCCAGAGCUCACCACGCCCCCUUUACUCUGCUUGAAAAGCUUUUCAAGAGUUACCUCUCUUGGUCACAGGGCUCGAUCAAAUCAAAGCCAUGCCGCCUCUCUUGGCGCCCUCCUGCUCUCCACACCAGGCCGCGGCCUUCCUCAGCACUUCGAGUUUCGCCUUGUUUCGUUCGACUGGGCGAGGAACUCGUUGGACCCUCUUUUUUUCUCCUGAUGAGCCGCAGCACGCGCUUGCUUCAGCUGCAUCCCAACUGGAUGAAGUUUUGGCGAUAUGGCCACUGAAAUCUGACAGCUGGGAGAUUGCAGCAAACAAACGCAGGGUAGUGCUGUUCUGUUGGUUCCACCACUCUACGACGGACAGACUGAUGGAUGGCAUGUGCAAACUGUUGCAUUUGUUUUCGCCGCUCUUCUGCACUCAAGGCUGCCAAAAGCUUUCUCAGACGCAUGAUGUGCUCCAAGUGGGUUCCCUCUCUUUCUGUGAGCGUUGUUCAUUUGGGCUUUAGUUCUGUGAAUCCCCCCCUUCAGCCCUCGUCACUUUUUAUAGUUCCCAGUUCGUUCCUCACUGUCGAUGCCUUGGAUGUUUUGAUGCUUUUUAUCUUGAAAUGACAAUCAAUUUUACACUGUUGUUGUUUUUGUUUUUUAUAAAUAUAUAUAUAUACAGGUAAACGUUACUUUUUCUGCCUGUGUCGCUAUCUAUGGUUGUUGUUUCUGUGAAUAUUCUUGUUGAUGAUUAUUAAUAUUAUUAUUAUAUCUUGGUUUUGGCUGCAAUUUAAUUGAGCGCUUUUCCGUACUUGUCCAUAGCUUUCUUUUUCUUCCUUUUUUUUUUUUAUUUAAACAAAAACAAAAAUAAUGCUACUUGCUGCCUGUUUAUAACUGUGAGAUUUUUUUUUUUUUGGAAGCCAGAAAUGAAGAAAAGGCAGAAACGUAUGUGCAAUAGAACAAGUUGAAACCACCCCAACCCCCACCCCUUGUUACCAGAGCAUCCGAGCCCCCCCCUCCCCUGUUAUGCUUACAACUGGCUGCUCUGGAUGCCUCGCUGUCAACCCUGUAACUGAUAGGAGGUACUGACUCAGACUGUUGAAACCCGCAGGUCUCCAUAGAUACACAUAACUAAGUGAGAAAGACAACAAACAGUACAAACAAACUGGAGACACAUUUUGGAAUCAGAUACCGAUGUUUACGACGUGUUUACUACCAAGAAAUUUUAGCCAGAGUGAAUAAUUUGCUGAUACAAACAAACAUAAAGUCACUGUAAACCAAGCUUCACCCAGAUUAUUCAGGUUUUAACAGGAAGUUUUGAACAUCGACAUGAGACACAGAUAUCAAAAUCAAUAACAUAUCCCCUUCUUACUGAGACGUUUCAGCUAGAAGUUAUGUUUUACACUUUCCACAGACUGUUGUUUUUAAAUUAUUUUCAGUAAGUCAUUUACAGGUGCAUUAUUUACUGUAGACUUAACUAAACCCAGAUUAUUCAGGUUUUAACAGGAGAUUUUGAAUGCGGAUAUAAAAACUUUACAUUGUCCUCCCUCUUUAGAACCAGAUAACUGUAAAAUGUCAUUUAAUUAUUUACUGUCAUCAAUCAGGUGUUAGGAGAAGCAGAGGCAUACGUUACUGUAAACCAAAUUUAAUGCAGUUCUUGAGGAUUUAACUGGAGAUUUUGAAUGCUGACAUAAGACACAUUUUCCCUUUUUUUCAGAAUCAAAUAACACCUAUAACAUAUCCCCUUUACUCAGACAUUUCAGCUAGAGCUUUUGUUUUAUACUCUCCACAGACUAGUUGAUUUUAACUUACUUUCUGUUAGCUAUUUACAAACAGGUAUAAAGAGAAUUAGGUGCAUUAUUUACUGUAAACUAAACUUAACCCAGAUUAAUUAGGUUUUAACGGGAGAUAAUUGAAUGCCGACAUAAGAACCACAUAUCACGGUUAAAUAUCGAAUUAUUAAUAUAUCAAAUUAUUUACUACCGUCAACUACUGCCUUUCUUUUAUGAACCAGACAUCAUCCUUUCCAAUAAAUGCUGUCUCCAGACAUUUCAGCUUUUUUUUUUACACUUUCCACAGACUAUAAAUAGUUGCUAAGUUAUUUACUGUCAUCAACAUGCAUGCAUUAACACAAGUAUAUGAUUUUUUUUUUUUACUGUAAAGGAACUUUAUUGAAGGGUAUUUUAAAUUAAACACAAGACAUACACUUAAUUUAUUUUUAGAACCAGACAUUUCAGCUCGAUGUUUUGGUCCUCCUGUAGACAGUAAAUAUAUCAGUAAAUAAUGUAGCGUCAGCAACAAACAUGCAUUACGAGAUGUACAAGCAUUCUUUACUGUGAACCAAACCUAACCCGGAUUUUUAGGGUUUUAAUGAGAGAUUUUAAAUGCUGACAUGAUACAUACUUUUCCUUUUUAGAACCCGAUAUCAGCAGCUGUAAUAUAUCCUCUCUCCUUGGACAUUUAAAUUUGAUUUGACUUCCUCUAAACUGUAAAUAUGCCAGUAAAUUAUUUACUGUCAUCAACAAACAUGCAUUACAAGUAGAAGCAUUCUUUACUGAGGCAAACUUAACAGAUUUUUUAGGGAUUUAACUGAAUUUGAAUGCUGACAUGAUGCAUACUUUUCCCCUUUAGAACCCCCUAUCAACAUUUCAGUUUGACUUUUGUUUUUUUAAGACUUCCUGUAGACUAUAAAUAUGGCAAUAAAUUACUGUAAAUUACUAAUUUAUUGUCAUCAACAAACAUGCAUUAAAAAGACAGGAGCAUUAUUUUAUGCAAACCAUACUCGUCUCAGAUUUUACAGGUUUUUCUACAGGAUUCUGAAUGUUCUUAUGACGCUUAAAUUUUCACACUUAAGUCCCUGUUUGCUGAUAUUUGGUGGCUCUAAAUUGAAACUUGUAAUGCCAAAAAUAUCAGAGGAAUUGAUUCCUUCAUGUGUCUCAAACUGUUUUAGAUCAUUGUGACACUGACACGCUCUGUUAAAACUUAGACCACGUGGAUCAGCAGGUUACUUAAGGGCAGCGUGACACAGCUCACAAAUGCAUUAGGAAAACUUUAAUAAUUUAAUUGGAAAAAAUGUGCAAAUGUAGUAAAAAAAUACAAAUGCAGAUAGUGGUGGUUAGGAAAGAAUUCAGAGCUCAGUAUUUCCCUGUGUCUGACUCUAACAUGUGUAUCUAUGGCUGACUUUAUUUCUGUUUACCUUGUUGCUGAUAGCAGGCACUGAAUUGGACUAUGGAAACAGCAUGUUUUGAUCUGUCUAUCUCUACAUAUCUCGACGUUAAGCCCUUCGGCCCGGAGCCAGCUUCUGUUGCUGUAGCAACAAAUGGGUUAAAGGGUUAUUUUCCUUUAAAGGACAAACCACAGUGGGGAAGUUGGGGGAGAAACGGCUCCAAUUACCAGUUACUCCACAAGUUAAACCUGGGUCUAUGCACAGACUGAGUGAGUGUGUGUGCGCGUGUGUGUGUGUACAUACUGUUAAAAGUGUGUGUGAGAGGUCAAAUGUUAAACUGUACACCAGUCAAUGAAAAAAAAAAAGGUUUUGCAGACUGUUCACAUGUUUGGUAUGUUAAUUUAUAUUUCCUUUUUAUUUAGGCUUGUCUUGAGGUUCUCGCAGGGGGAAGUUGUCACGAAAAAGGUUUUCAAAGUUUUUUUAAAGCAGAAUUAUGGAUGAAAUGGAGGCCGUCGACACAAACACACAGCUGUAAACUCUCCUCGUUUCAUCCAGUUGGUUAAGGGAAUUUUAAGGGGACAAAAGGUUUAUUUAGCUAAAGAUUAGAAAAAUAUAUAUGAAUGAAAUUCUAUGUUUGCAUACUUUCUAUGCUAUUUUCAUAUAUGGGGUUCACACUAAUGAUGAAAAACAGAAAGGAAUCUCAAGUGCUUUUUACUACAGUGUAACUUAUUUGUUUCGAUUUGAUUUUUACCACCUGUGUUUUUAGUAAUGAUUUAUGAAGCACUGUAUAUUAAAGUUUUAAAAUAUUCAUGAA